AUGUCCAUGGGCGGCGGUUAUCCCUUAACAUCAGGAUUCAUUUUCAUCAGCAGUAAUCGGGAACAAAUAUCGGAAGGCUCAAACAUGGAUUUUCUUGCUAGUGUUGUAAAUCCCGGGGCGGCUAUUGUUAAAGCUGUUGUGGAAAGUGCUUCUGGUGGUGACAAUGGAGGAAACAGUUUAGAAAAAGUCGUCUCCGUAAUUACAACUGCGUCAGGACACAUUAUGCGAUCGCCAAGGCACAGUUUCGAGAAGCAGGUCAUUGAAGGCCGGAUGAACGGCAGACGUGUUCUAGGCAGAGCACCAAUAAGAUGGGCUGACACGGUGAAGAACGCGGUGGGCGGCAGCGAGCAACGCGCAGUUCACACCGUCCUCGACCGCGAGCAGUGGAAGAGAACGAGAUAUGGUCACGAUUCUCAGAAU